AUGCUGUCUCUGUUGCGUCUUUUGGCAUUCCUGCCCCUGGCCUUCAGCGACCCGACAAGUCAUCUGGAGCAGAGACAGAUCCCCACGACUCCCGAUAAUGAUCCCUUUUACGAUCCUCCGCCAGGCUUCGAGUCGGAAGCCCCGGGCGCCAUCCUCAAGACCCGUACCAUCACGGCCUCUUUCCUAGGAAUCAUUCCCGCAGCAAAUGUAGAGACCUACCAACUCCUCUAUCGCACGACCGCAAUCAACGGCUCCGCCAUAGCAGGUGUGACAACCGUCUCCAAGCCACUGUUCAACCCGCUCCCGGACCGUUUCGUCUCUUUCCAUACAGCCUACGAUGCCUCGGCGAAAAUCUGCGAUCCCUCCCACAACUACCAACUCUUCGCGCCCCAAGCCGACCUGCUCUCGGAAAUCGAAGUCCUCAUAUUGGAAAUCUACCUCGCGGCGGGAUACAUCGUUUCCUCUCCGGACUACGAGGGCCCCGAUGCUGCGUUUGGCGCAGAGCGUCUCGCGGGCAUCGUGGCAUUGGAUAGCAUGCGCGCCGUCUCCCAUUUCCACGAAACCCUCGGCAUGACCACCAGUACCCCGAGCAUCGUGGGCUACGGCUACUCGGGCGGCGCCAUCGCGACAGGCUGGGCGGCUGGACUCCAACCCACCUAUGCCCCCGAACUCCCCAUGAGAGGCUGGGCCUUUGGGGGCACACCCGCCAAUCUCACCGGCACAAUCGUCUUCGUCGACAACACCGCCUUUUCCGGCUUCCUACCCUUUGGCGUCGUGGGUAUCUCCACUCCCAGCGCCUACGGAGCCCAAUUAACCCCGCUCUUCGACGAGAUCCUCACCCCCUACGCCCAAUCCAAAGUCGCUUUCGCGAGGACACAUUGCACCAUUGCGGACGUGUUCAAUUUCUUCGAACAGUCGAUCCUGAGCCCGCAGUUCUCGUCUCUCGGGGACCGACUCCUCUACCAUCCCACGGUGAGCGAUGUCUUGGUCUUGCAAACCAUGGGCGUGAGACGAGACGAGACUCCCACCGCUCCGGUUUACAUGUACCACUCCGCGGUAGACGAAAUCAUUCCGUAUGCCAAUGCCUCGACGCUCUACGAUUCGUGGUGUUCGUUUGGCGCGAGCGUGGAUUUCGUAACGUUCGGGAACGGAGGCCAUGUCGGCACGGAAAUUUUGGGGUUAAUCGGAGCUUUCGACUUCGUUCAGAGCGCUUUUGCGGGUACGGUUGCGAUGGAUGGAUGUAAGGCUUCGACGACGUUGGACAAUACUCUCGAUCCGAUUGCGUUGGGAGUUGAUCUGGAGCCGGUAUUGCUUCGUUUGACCAAUAUGUUGGCGCAUCUAGGAGAGAAUGAUGAGAAUAUGUUGGGGAUCUUGAGGUCUGGAACUCGACUGUUUUGA